AUGCCAAAGCCGGGACAGCCUGAGCGGAAGCCGGGUCGCGGGCCUGUCAAACUGGCGUGUCUGGCCUGCCGUGUAUCAAGAAUUCGCUGCGACGGGGACCAACCGUGCCACGGGGUGUGUGAAAUCUACCAUGGCGACUCGUCAGCUUUCCGUCUUGUUCGACAAACUAACUUGCAGGCGUUCCAGUGCCAAAUGCGAAACCGGGAAUGUUCAUACACGCCAAGUCGCCGCGGAGGGUCACGAAAGAAGAGAAGUGUGGCUGUGAAACCAACCGGCGAUGAACAACCUGAUUUUGCUUUCCCUUCCCCCCCUCUGACUGAGAUUGACCACCUCACCUCGCCCGGCGCUGGGCUAAGAUUGCUCUCCUUUGAUGAGAUUAACAAUCUAUCUAAUGGUGAUGGCAAUCUUGGGACCCGUGACGCAGGAGCGGAUGACGUCGGACAACACGCUGUUCGGAUAUAUGACAGUGAGCACGCUAUAUUGAAUGCCUACUACAUCUACCUCCAUCAAUACUUCCCAAUACUUCCGCCUCCGGUGCAGCCUGUUACCCCUGACAACCCGAUACGGACCACGGGCCUUGAAGGAUGCUUUCCCAUGACUUUGUCUUCGCCAUUGUGCCUGGCCAUAUCAGCCAUGCUGGCUCUGAUCCCGUUUCCCGACCAGGCUCCUACACCAGUCGUUGCAUCCGAGGAGCCUCCCAGAAGAUUAGUAGCCCACAAGCUGGCUCAAAUGGCUUUGGCCUGUGCGGAGGCAGACUCUGAACUAAUUGACGACAAUCCCGGUGGUGAUCCAAGUCCGAUUCCUUUCAAGGGUCAACCGAUUCCUCGCUUUCCGGUACAUCCCAGAACUCCAGUGACGCUUGAAGCCGUGCUUGCGCUACUACUGUUAAGCAAUUAUGAGCAUACGCAGAGAGGAAAUAUGCUCAAAAUGACCACGAGAGCAAGCCAGGCCUUGAUUAUGGCGAAAAAUAUGUCUCUCCAUCGACUAAAUGAUUAUGACGACGAGUUUGCUGAAGCCAAAAGGAGAGCCUGGUGGAUGAGUUACUUUCGGGCUCAAUUGUGCUCCGUUGUUCGUCAGAGUGCAUCCAUUAUUAUGGAGGAUGAUACUCAUUUUACCACUCCAUAUCCCACCAUACAAGGGGAUCCCGAGGUAUGGCCGUUGUACGUCGAGUCUCUUCGUGUAUCUUUCGCGACGGUCCGGCUUGCAGCAGCCAGAGAACCUCCAUCCGCAAAGCCCGACCCAGACUUACUGCGAUCCAAGUCUGAGAAAAUAGCAGCAUUAGACGCCCAGGCCGUACAAUUGAUUGGACACGCCAAGAGUGGUCUGCGAUCCAAGGCGCCACCCAUUGACGGAGAUCCAUCGAGCGAGCAGCUUGUUGCCAAAACGAUGCGCAGUAUUGCAGCCAUUAGAAGUUCCAGUGCUAGAAUUCGACUGCAUAGAUACCAUGCAUUCUCGGAUAUUCCUCUAUUCAGCAUGGACCAUUGUGACUUGAGUUCGCCGGACUUUGUUCCCGACACUGACAAUGCCAUUCCACGGCCUAACCCGCUUGAGUCAUCGCCUUUCACAUUCGAUGAAGCUGCGGAGGUUUGCGUAGAAUCGGCAUUAGAGGUAUCUCGGCAGCUGAAGAAGCUACCAUAUCCUGACAAGACGCUUACUACCAUUCCGGCUCGAAUGACCCCAACUAUUUUAUGCUGUGCAAUGCAUGCCAGCUACGUGAUGAUGAUGCAGUUCUAUCGACUCUAUUUGAGGCAUCAACAAGAGGUUGGAGGUAUCAUGACGACAAACUUUGAACGUCGAGUGGACGAACUCCGCCAUUCUCUGCAGGACAUCAUCGCAGCUCUAGAUGGAUUUGCAAACGUGCUGGAAGCUAUCCGUGGAAUGAAGGUGGAUGUUGAAGCGGUUUUCACUGUGGCAUUCUGUGACAUGAUGAGCUAA